AUGGUUUCUUCAAUCCGACCACGAACUCCUGGAACGUCACCAUCACAUGGCGCCGAGAGAUUAGCAGGAAUUCCAGAGAACGGAAAGCAUAAUAAUAACACCAAUCCCCCUCGCCGUACCAGUCUUGGUGGUUUAUUACUUCGUCGAUCCAAGUCCGGAAAUUUAAACUCCAAGCAUAAGAAGGAUCUGGCUCAAUUGCAAGAGCAAGAGCGUGAAAGACUCCUUCGUGAAGCAGCUGCGAUCCCCAGAUCUCCACCUCGUCUUCCCGACCUUGCCGUCCCUACACAUUUUCCCUCGUUUGGUGGUGAAGAUAGACCGGGUUCGGCAACUUCUGGAAAUAGUGGUCAGGGUGCGAGAAGUGCUUCUAUGGAUCCUCAAUCCAGAUCUUACACAAUGAGUAGCACACUCAGUGUGCCAGUUCCGCCAGUUCCUUCGGGUGCGAGGAAUGGUGGUUGGGUUGAUCCUUAUGCUAGAUCAGAGAGCAUGACACAUCGUGGAAGGUACAGCUAUGCAAGCAGUGCCGUGAGCACAAUUAAUAGUCCUCGCAGAGUGCGAAGACGUAAAGAUCCUACUCCAUUUAAUGUUCUCAUCAUUGGCGCACGCGGUGCAGGCAAGACAUCUUUCCUUAAUUUCCUCAAAACCUCCCUCGCUAUCCCUCCCAAGAAGAGAUCGAAGCCCGAACCAUUGGCCGAAGAUAUAUUUGCUCCACGUGAGCGUAUUGGUGUAACCUUGUGGGAUUCAGAAGGCUUGGAUAAAAAUGUCGUGGAUCUGCAACUUCGAGAUAUGUCUUCAUUUCUCGAAAGCAAAUUCGAAGAAACUUUCACGGAAGAAAUGAAGGUUAUGAGAGCUCCCGGUGUUCAAGAUACACACAUCCAUGCUGUAUUCCUCAUUCUCGACCCCACACGCCUGGACCAAAAUAUUGAAGAUUCAAAGAAUGUGACCACGAAUGGAAAUGGACAUUUUGGAGUAUUUGGUACAGGCCCUCGUCUGUUUGGUAGUCUCGAUGAAGAUCUUGAUUUACAAGUCCUCCGUACAUUGCAAGGAAAAACUACUGUGAUUCCGGUCAUCUCAAAAGCCGACACUAUUACAACGGCCCACAUGACGUAUUUGAAGAAGACGGUUUGGGAUAGCCUGCGUAAGGCUAAUCUCGACCCACUUGAAGCACUCGGACUAGAUGAUGAACCCGAAAGCCCAAUUAUCGGCCACAGUCAAAGCCGCCUCGAUGAAAGAGAUGAAUAUGCUACUUCUGAGCAUGGUUCAGCUUCUUCAGGUGGUUCUCCCAAUUCCAAGCGUCUUUCCUCGGGCUCCAUUCGUCGCCAUAAACGUGAGUCGGAAAUCAGCGAGAUUCCUUAUUUACCUCUCUCAAUCAUCAGCCCUGAUUUGUAUGAACCCGAUGUCAUUGGUCGUAAAUUCCCAUGGGGUUUUGCGGACCCAAUGAAUGCUGAGCAUUGUGAUUUUAUACGUUUGAAGGAAGCAGUGUUUGCAGAAUGGAGAGGUGAAUUGAGGGAGGCGAGUAGGGAACUUUGGUAUGAGGGAUGGAGAACUAGUCGCCUUAAGGAAAGGGAGGGUCUGGCUAGACGAUGA